CUAACGAAUUAGAAUCCCAAAUUUGAUCACAAUUGGGAAUCCUUCAAACAAAGCUAGCUGUUUGCUUGCUAGGGUUUCCAUUAUAUUAAUGUUUCCAAGUCGCAGUCGUAGGUUGUCGAUGUCAGCUGUCACCAAAGCCCACAACGUUCAAACCCAAAGUUUUUCGUUCAUCGACCGCCACGCUCUCCUCCUUCGAUUACAGCUUCUUCCUGCAUUGAAUUGCAUCGCCGGCGACUAUCCUUCUUAUUCUUCUGAUUCCUCAUCGGUGAAUCCGCCUCCGCUUCAAAACAAACGCCGCGCAUUCUGAGAUUUCGAAGCCCAAACACUCUCUUUUUCUAUUUUAGGUUUUUGCUCUUCGGUGCGUUGGUCGCAGCAACCGGAAAACGAGAAGAAAGAAGUAACGAAAGAUGCUUUGCUCUGUGAAGCAACCGAGGAGCACGUUUACGUGCUCCGAUUUGAUGCCUAGGAAUCGGCUAGGAUUAAAGCCUCAAAUCUCGUCGUUACCGGCAAUUGCGAACAGAAAGCGAGUUUUUCCGAGCAAUGUCUUUGUUCGGAGGCCUUUGUUUUUGUCAUUGAAAGACCAAAGUCUUCCGGUUGAGUGCCGAGCGUACGAAGCCGACGUUUCCCAGCCGGUUAACGUCGAUUUUCCUGCGGAGAAGGCGCCGUCUGAGGCUGCUCAGAGGCUCAAAAUCAGUGUUUAUUUUGCAACCUGGUGGGCUUUGAAUGUCGUGUUCAAUAUAUAUAACAAGAAGGUUCUCAAUGCCUUUCCUUAUCCUUGGCUCACAUCCACGCUCUCUCUUGCUGCUGGAUCAUUGAUUAUGCUGAUUUCAUGGGCUACGAGGAUGGCCGAGGCUCCGAAGACCGAUUUCGAGUUCUGGAAGACUUUGUUUCCGGUUGCGGUGGCACACACAAUUGGGCAUGUGGCUGCAACCGUUAGCAUGUCAAAGGUUGCUGUCUCAUUCACACACAUCAUCAAGAGUGGUGAACCUGCUUUCAGUGUGUUGGUGUCGAGGUUUUUGUUGGGGGAAUCGUUCCCGAUCCCUGUUUACUUGUCACUUGUGCCGAUCAUCGGUGGUUGCUCGCUUGCAGCCGUCACAGAGCUCAACUUCAACAUGAUAGGAUUUAUGGGGGCUAUGAUAUCAAAUUUGGCUUUUGUGUUUCGUAACAUAUUCUCGAAGAGAGGAAUGAAGGGGAAGUCUAUUAGUGGGAUGAACUACUACGCAUGUUUGUCUAUCAUGUCUCUCUUGAUCCUUGCGCCAUUUACAUUCGCUGUGGAGGGCCCUCAACUCUGGGCAGCUGGCUGGAAACAAGCUCUAACUCAGAUUGGACCAAAUUUUAUAUGGUGGGUGGUGGCCCAGAGUGUCUUCUACCACUUGUAUAAUCAAGUGUCCUACAUGUCUUUGGAUCAGAUCUCUCCCUUGACAUUUAGCGUAGGAAACACAAUGAAGCGGAUAUCUGUCAUUGUCUCCUCCAUCAUCAUCUUCCACACGCCUGUCCAACCCGUCAAUGCGCUUGGAGCUGCCAUCGCCAUCCUUGGAACCUUCCUAUAUUCACAGGCAAAGCAGUGAGACUCUGACAGCAAAAGUACCCAGAUUGUGCAAGACAAGGAGAGAGUGAUGCACACAGUAUUAGCUGCUUUGGCAGAGGAGUUUUUUAACACGUUAAUGAGGAAGGCCUGGAGGGAGGAGGGGUCACAAUAAUAAUAAAUGUUUUAUAGUAAUAUAGUUGCAGAGGAUCCGCAUCCUCUGGUUUUCAAUUUUUUUUUCCCUUUUUUAGAAAAUGAAUUCUAGGAAAUAAAACACAAAAUUGAGGCAAGUUAAUGAUAGCAUUCUCAGCUUGCGAUUCAUGAAUGUUUCUGCUGCACGGAUAGAUUUAUGUUAAAUCAGCACUCACUCCUGCACAUGGAAUUCUAUUAACUUUCA